AUGUUGACCAGGUCCCUUUUCUCGAGGCAACUCUUCGCCGCCGCCUCCCGGCCGGCCGUUGCGCCCAAGGCUGCCUUCCGCCCCGUCCUCUUCUUCCAGAACCGCUUCCUGUCCGAUGCGACCCGCCAGGCCAUCGACAAGGCCGUCGCCUCCGCCCCCGUCGUCCUCUUCAUGAAGGGCACCCCUGAGACUCCCCAAUGCGGCUUCUCGCGCGCCAGCAUCCAGGUUCUCGGUCUGCAGGGCGUGGAUCCUAACAAGUUUGCCGCUUUCAACGUUUUGGAGGAUUCCGAGUUGAGGCAGGGUAUCAAGGAGUACAGCGACUGGCCCACCAUUCCCCAGCUCUACAUCGACAAAGAGUUCGUCGGCGGUUGCGACAUCAUUGUCUCGAUGCACCAGAACGGCGAGCUUGCCAAGCUUCUCGAGGAGAAGGAUGUCUUGGUCAAGGGCGAGGAGGGUGCUGCUGAGGAGCAGACCGAGAAGAAGGAGUAA